AUGUCCAUGUCCCUUUCAGUGGAAAAUUCAACCAGAACAUCAGGAACAAUGGGAGGAUACAUAUAUCCAAUCAUAAACCUAUCAACCCAACCCCAUUUGCAACAUUAUGCCAAUUCAAAAUUCGCAAUCUCAUGUGGUCAUGUUUGUUUAGAUGGGGCUACAACUGUAAGUUCGGCUUAUCCUCAUGUAUCUUGUCCUUCUUCGGUUUUGAUCUCGUUGUAUAAACUGGCUUUGAUGACUCAAUAUCAAAAAGCGAAUGCGGAGGCGAAGGUGGCAUAUGGAUCAGUGUUGACACAAUUGGGGGAAAUGUUCCCAUUGAAGAGAGUAAAAGUCACAGAUCCAAAGAGCAAGACAACAAAAGAGGAUGUAAGAAAUUUGCCAAAAUUAAGAUUUGGACAAAUCAUAUGGGGAGAAAGAACAUUAAUAAAACAAGAUAGUCCCACCACCACCACCACUGAAGACAAUGAUCCAAUCGCAUCGCCAAUAUUAUCCGAUCUUGCAAUCAUAAAAAUCAAUAAAAACCUCCAAUGUCAAAACUAUCUCGGUGACGACAUCCCUUUCAACGAAUAUGACCCCAGUUUAAUCCUCGACAAUCUCUACGUCCGGAAAAUCAUCCCCUUAAAUCGAUUCAACCCAAAACCAAUCCCCCCAUCAUCCGCAUCCAUCGACACCACCAUCUCCGGCCCACCAAACCUCCAAACGAACUUCCAUGGAAUCAGUGUUUUCAAAUAUGGUCUGACGACAAAAUAUACCACGGGAAACCUAAACGGAAUCAAACUAGUCUAUUGGCAAGACGGCGCCAUCCAUUCUCUGGAAUAUAUAAUCAAUUCUCCUGACAAUCUAUCAGCAUUUGCUCUGGGUGGAGAUAGUGGAUCCUGGAUCUUGACGAAAUUGGAAGACAUUGGGGAUGAGAAGGGACUUGGGGUGGUGGGGAUGUUGCAUAGUUAUGAUGGGGCCGGGAGACAGUUUGGAUUGUUUAGUCCGAUGUGUGAGAUAUUGGAACGGUUGGAGGAUGUGACGGGGAUAAAAUGGGGUGUGGUGGGUUGUCCUGCGGAGAAGGGGAUGAGUGAUGGUGAAGUUGAGAGUACUGAAGAGGAAGAAGAGGAAGACGUGGGUGAUGAGAGUGAGAGUGAGAGUGAUGAUGAUGAUGAUGAGCUGAGUAUUGAUGGGUUGGAUGGAGCGGUGCCUCCUGGAAUUGAUUAA